UCGAUACAGGUAUUGGUUUGUAUGUAGCUUGUAAGUGUGUCAUUUCGAUAUGUGUUGAUUAUUAAGCAGCUUCACAUGAUAAAACGAAAUGGCGAUGCUGCGAAGGCAAUCUGGCGCUGCGCCAAAUUUGUGGACAAUUUUUUGUUGAGCUUGUCGAUCGACCACAAACGCAAAUGAGCGAUAAUUCUGAUAGUUGUGUGUUAUUUAUUCGCUUACGAUAUGGUAUAUCGGUACAGUUGUGAUAUAUUUUCCUCUUUUGUGUGCAUUUCAGCGUUGUGCUAAUGGCGCUUAUACGAGGUCGAAGUUGGUGCGACCAAGAACCCGUUUUGCACGCUGAGACUUCGCAUGGGAGGCAAAACUUGUCGUUACGGCACCACGGCAGUGAAUACAGCCCGUUCGACGACAACUCCCCGUCUCUGCAAACGGCGUGCGAACAUCAGUAACGACAAGUUUGACGUCCAGGACUGCACGCGGACUGCACACGCGCCUGACCGACAUCAUGGAUCUGGAUAAACUGCAAGUUGCUGAGCUGAAGCGGGAGUUAGAUAGGAGGGGAGAAGACACAAGAGGUACAAAAUCUGUUCUACGAGAGAGGUUGGGGCAAGUGUUAAAGGAAGAACUUGCACAGAGUGCUCUAGGUGAUAAGGUUAGUGUUAAGUCCAGUCCUGAGCAGGAGCAGGAGCUGAAAGACGUCAAGGAAGGUGCGGAAGGUGCCAGAUCAGUGAGAUCUGGCUCGUCAUCGACAAGGACAUCCAGCAAGGCUGCUUCAGUGGCUUCGGAGCGAGCCCUGGAGGCAGCAAGGAGGGCGGGACUGCGUACCAAGGCAGCGGCAUUGAAGAAAAGACAUGAGCUUGAAGCGAUGCAAGAGGAGCUAAGAAGAAAGAAGGAAGAGCUUGAAGUUCAAGCUGAGCUUGAUGAAAGUCUGGCAAAAGAAGAAGUACUGGCUCAGUUUGAAAGGGAAACACUGAUGACGUCACUCGAGGAACGUGUGAUGAAAGCACAUGAACAAGAAGAAAGAAAUGAACAAGAACUGCCAAGACAUGAACCAGAAAUGAAACAAGAAAUGAAAAGAGAUGAACCAGAACAGGAACAUGGGCAAAGAAAUGAACAAGAAAUGAGAAAUGAAAUGAGAAAUGAACCAAGAACCAGAAGCGAAUCAAGGAAAACAAAUGAAGCAAGAAGGGUAGAUCAAGAACUGAAGAAACGUGAACAAGAAGCAAGAAAUAAGCGAGAACCCAGAAAGCAUGUCCGAGAAAGAAGACGUGAAGAAGAACCAAAUGGUGAAGAAGAGCCCAGGGAAAUUGAAGAAGACGAAGAAAGCUCAAGAGAAGAAGCUCGAUCAACAAGAAUGAAAAGAAGCGAAGUAGAGAUAGCAUCAGUGCUUCCAAACCUGAAGAGACUGGGAAUGCAACCCCCGGAACUGAUCGCGUUCGACGGCAAGGAAGAGGAGUUCGCUCAAUUUCUGGCCGCAUUUGAGGCAAACAUAGCCGCCAACCUGGACAGCGAAGAAGAAAAGCUGUUAUAUCUGCUACAAAUGACGAAGAAGAAACCUCAUGACAUUGUAGCAACGUGUACCUACCUGGGACAAAAGGGAUAUCAAGAAGCCGUGCGUCUGCUGAAGGCGAGGUACACCGACUUCACAUCGGCGAGAGCGAGCCUGAUUGACAAAGUGUUGAGUCAUCCACCCAUCAGAUAUGAGGACGUUGAAGGUCUUGACAGCUUUACCAUCCUGCUGAGAGGCGUUCUGAACGCCCUUCACUCGACGUCAAGAGGUGGUCUAGAGCCAGGCACAAUAUGCAAGAUCAUCGAGAAAGUACCAUGGAUGGCAGAUCGGUGGCGCAGGACGGCUGACCGAAUCCAGCAAGAGCACCAGCGCCAAGCGAGCUUCACGGAUCUGGUCGACUUCAUGGAAACAGAAGCACGGAUCAGCAAGAACCCUGCAUAUGGAAGACAUGUGCUGGCCACGCGAGCAAGACCAGAGAGAGGUCCUCAAGAAGCUCAGCGAAUGCAGGUCAGAAGAUAUCAGGAUAGUCGAAAGGACACCAAGCACUCAGAACACCAGUUCAGUCAUGAAAGAAGUCGAGCUUAUGCAAGUAGCAUGAAGCAGCCAGAGAAGUGCUUCUACUGCGAUCAGCCCCACGAACUUGAAGUGUGUAGAGCAUUCGAAGCGAAAUCGGAGCAAGAUAAGUCACAGUACGUGCGUCAAAAUGGACUGUGUUUCGGCUGUCUAAAGAAAGGACACCUCUCCAAGAACUGUGAGCAAAGAAGCCGCUGCAAGAAAUGCGAGAAAUCACAUCCUACGAGUCUGCACAGAGAGCCACCUGCAAACGCCAACGUGGUGAAGUCGGGACAUGUAUCGCAGGCAUGUGAAGGUGGUGGAAAGCUUCAGGUGCUUCCAAUAUCAGCCAACUUCGGCGAUCGCUCCGUGGGAACUGGAGCUUUCAUCGAUGCUGGCAGCACACACUCUUUCAUAACACGGAAGCUGGUACGUCAGUUGGGCAUGCAACCAGAGGAGAAAACGUCCGUAGUGAUGUCGACUAUAAAUGGAGAACGAAGAAUGAAGACAGCUCUGGUCACUGGUGUGAGCAUCGGAUCUGAAGACGGCUCUCAUCUAGUCGAGCUCCCAGUACUCUACGUUGUCGAUCACAUCCCCGUCGAAGAGGAGGACGUAGCACGCCAAGAGGACGUCGACAAGUGGCCACAUCUUCGAGAACGUGGAGUCAAGAUCGGCUGGAUGGAGAGGAUGGACAUUGGCCUACAUACUCAUCGGUGCGAACGCCGGUGUGGUGUCAGAACCCGUGGAAGUGGUGAAUCGCCCUGGUCAGGAGGGCCCAUAUGCUGUCAGAACUCGAUAUGGUUGGCUGGUGUGUGGAGUACAGGGCAAGACGGGACCAGGUGCUCAUGUCGCACGAAUCAAUCGCAUCAAGAUCCUGGAGGAUCCCGAUCUGGAAUUCUUCGACAGUACCGAUAGUCGCAGAGGCUAUUCAGUGGAAGACGUCAAAUGGUGUCUCAAGGUCGAGGAUUCAUGCACCAAGAAUGGCGAGAAGUACGAGAUAGGACUACCGUUUCGAGAUGCCAAACCAGAUCUGCCAGACAACCGCGUGAUGGCAGAAAGAAGACUCGAAUCGUUGAGAAGGAAAUUCGACAGGGACGGAAAAUACGCAGCUGACUACAAGGCGCAGAUGAAGAAGCUGCUGAAUGAAGGCUAUGCCGAAGAAGCACCAACAGACUCCGGAAGUGGAAAGGGGGAUCACUGGUACAUCCCACACCACGGUGUGUACCAUCCCACCAAGAACAAACUGAGGGUAGUAUUCGACUGUAGUGCUACCUACAACGGAAUCAGCUUGAACGACGUGCUAUUGCAAGGCCCGAAUCUAUCAAACUCACUGGUCGAUGUUUUGAUUCGCUUUCGUCAGGAGGUGGUAGCCUUCACGGGCGACAUUGAAUCAAUGUUUCUGCAGGUGAUGGUGCCAGAGAACGACAGAAACUACCUGAGUUUCCUGUGGUGGCCGGACGGUGAUGUCAAUGGCGCGGCCCAGGUCUACAGAAUGACAACACAUCUAUUUGGAGCUACGUCCAGCCCCAGCUGCGCAAACUAUGCUCUCCAUCGAACCGCCGAGGACUUUGGAGCUGCGUACUCUCCUGAAGUCAAGAUGGCCCUGAGACGAGGCUUCUAUGUUGACGAUGUCUGUCAGGCGACGACGUCAGAAGCAUCAGCUGUGGAGUUGGCGAUGAACCUGAAGCAGCUCUGCGCCAUGGGUGGCUUCAACCUGACUAAGUUCAGCUCCAACAGCGUUGAAGUGCUCAGAGCGCUGCCAGAGGAGAACAGAUCGAAAGGAAAUCCUCAACUAGGACAAGAAACCCCGUCAAGUGAGAGAGUUCUAGGUGUACGCUGGGACACGGAAAGAGAUGAACUCGGUUUCAGCCUCGACAUCGCUGCACUCGAAAGAAAACCGAGGACGCGACGAGGAAUACUCUCUGCAACAGCAGCCUGCUAUGACCCGCUUGGCCUGGCCGCACCGCACGUGGUUCGGGGAAGGAUGGUUCUGCAAGAGCUGACACGGCUACGAAGUGGCUGGGACGAUCCCGUUCCUGUUGAAGUGGGAGCUGAGUGGGACAGAUGGCUGAGUGAGUUGAGCUGCCUGUUGGAUGCUCGAGUUCCGCGAUGUUUCAGCCCGCAGGGACUGAGUGCCGCGACGACUGUAAGUCUACACCACUUCGCCGAUGCCAGUCUCAAGGGGUAUGGGACAGCCUCCUACAUACGCACUGUGAGCGCAGAUGGUGAAAUAUCCUGCUCACUGGUGAUGGGACGAGGUCGAGUCGCCCCACUCAAGGCGAUUACAGUCCCAAGACUGGAACUAGCCGCAGCCAAGCUCGCCGUCGAAGUCAAUCAAGAACUCUUGCUCGCUUUGGACAGAAAGAUCCAGGACGUUACCUACUGGACGGACAGUACCACGGUACUGCGUUACAUCAGCAACGAGACCACUCGUUACCCUAUCUUCGUAGCGAACAGACUCGCCGCCAUCCAUGAUGGAUCAAGGAAGGAACAGUGGCGAUACGUACCCUCAUCGCUGAAUGCCGCAGACAUGGUUUCUAGAGGAAAUCUCCAUGAUCAAGACAUGUGGCAGAACGGACCAUCAUUCAUCUGGAAGUCACCGGAACAUUGGCCGAAGUCACCAUGCGUCGGUGAGAUUCGCCCUGACGACCCGGAAGUGAAGUCCACUCGGCUCUGUUCUGGCCUGUCGGCUGCAGCCGUGGCACGCAAGACUGAAGACUCCAGCCCACAGCCAAUGGAUCGUCUGAUCGAGUACCAUUCAUCAUGGAAGAAGCUCACGACAGCGGUGGCAUGGAUCCGCCGCACGAUUCAGGUCUUGCAGCGCAAGAUCAAAGGUGAAGAACCCUCAGGAAAACAGGAGCUCACACCUGCUGACUUGGAAGAUGCCGAGAGAAUCGUUGUGAAGCACGUUCAGAAGACGCACUUCCAGCAGGAGCUGGCCGAUUUGGGUGCUGGACGCGAAGUGCGCUGUGCCAGCCGUCUGGCACGUCUGAGCCCGUUUGUGGAUGAUGGCCUCAUCAGGAUGCGCGGACGCUUGACAAACUCUAACUUGGAUUGGACGACAAAGCAUCCUCUGAUCCUUCCAGACAAAGACAAGAUCGUGGAUCUCAUCAUCACUGAUUUGCACGAAAGAGUAGGGCACGAAGGGCGCAUGCAUGUUCUCUCAGAACUCAGGACGAAGUUCUGGGUCAUCAAAGGAAACAGCGCAGUACGGAGGUGUCUACACCGAUGUGUGAAAUGCAGAAGACGCCAUCGCCCGGUGGAAGGACAGAAGAUGGCAGACCUGCCGCGUGAUCGGGUGGAGGAGACUUCUCACCCGUUCUCCUGCACCGGUGUGGACUAUUUUGGUCCGUUGUAUGCCAAGAGAGGACGAGGACACGUGAAAAAGUUUGGUGUCAUCUUCACCUGUCUGAGCGUGAGAGCAGUACAUUUGGAACUUGCAGACAGCCUAUCAGCUGACUCUUUCAUCUGUGCGUUGCGCCGUUUCGUGGCCCGACGAGGCGAUGUGCGCCUGCUCCGCUCCGACAGGGGUACUAACUUCGUAGGAGCCGAAAGGGAGCUGCGAAGAGAAAUCGACACUCUGAUCUCAAGCAACAGUAGCAUUCAGAAGGAGAUGUUGAACAGGGGGAUCGAAUGGCGGUUCAAUACCCCCGCAGCCUCCCACCACGGCGGCGUGUGGGAAAGACUCAUUCGAAGCGUGCGUAAGACUUUGAACGCACUUCUAACAGGACAGACUUUCACAGAAGAAACGCUUCACACGUUUUUAUGUGAAGCAGAGUCAAUCAUCAACAACAGACCGUUGACUCCAGUGACGUCAGACCCACGGGAUGAACUACCCCUGACACCGAAUCACAUUCUUCACCUAAAAUGUGUGACGCAGAACCAGGAUUCGUCGGACGAACGAGAUUUGGACGGCCCCAAGAGAUGGAGGCAAGCGGCAUACCUGGCGGAGCAGUUUUGGCGCGCGUGGAGGCGUUUCUACUUGCCGCUUCUACAGGAGCGCUCCGUUGCUACAAGAAGCCGAACGAACCUGGCGCCAGGAGAUGUCGUCGUUCUGGUAGACGACCUAGUACCAAGAGGAGUGUGGCCUCUCGGCCGCGUGGUCGAGGCACUUAAAGGAGUUGAUGGUCGUGUGCGAUCGGUGAAGGUCCGCGCGAGGGGCACUGUGCUCCUUCGCCCAGUCACCAAGGUGGUGAAGAUCCUGGCUACCGAAGAAUAGAGUAUGGCAUCGUUUUUGAACCCGGAUGGUUCAAAAGGGGUGGGUGUUGGCGCCGCCUCGUCGGCGCACCGGCGCUCUCGUGUUUCCGUAAAGCGGCAGCUCUACUCAGAGCCGGCUGAAGGCCGAACCUUGUCAAGGUCACGGCCGCUGCGCGGCGCUCGGCCGGCUCACGUGGGGGACGAAUGGCCGGUUGGUCAGUGGUCUGUGCCUUUGUGUUUGUUUUUAUGUAGAAUAUCAACGGGUGAGUGAUAUUUCGAUACAGGUAUUGGUUUGUAUGUAGCUUGUAAGUGUGUCAUUUCGAUAUGUGUUGAUUAUUAAGCAGCUUCACAUGAUAAAACGAAAUGGCGAUGCUGCGAAGGCAAUCUGGCGCUGCGCCAAAUUUGUGGACAAUUUUUUGUUGAGCUUGUCGAUCGACCACAAACGCAAAUGAGCGAUAAUUCUGAUAGUUGUGUGUUAUUUAUUCGCUUACGAUAUGGUAUAUCGGUACAGUUGUGAUAUAUUUUCCUCUUUUGUGUGCAUUUCAGCGUUGUGCUAAUGGCGCUUAUACGAGGUUGAAGUUGGUGCGACCAAGAACCCGUUUUGCACGCUGAGACUUCGCAUGGGAGGCAAAACUUGUCGGUAUGAACUGAACUGGGGAUUUAGACUGUCAUUAUCUGUAAGAAAUUGUAUGCAAUCAUCACUUGUGACUGCGACUGAAAGUGUUUGCAUUUUUGUAUUUAAAGGUGUUCCGAGAUAAGAUACGAAAGUUAGUAAACAAUGUAUUUGAAACGCGUCAGAUAAGAUAUAAACAAAGGGAAAUU